AAACCAAAAAGAAGAAAAAACUUGUACAUUGUUGUUGUUGUGACUUUUUGUGCUCAUUGUAGACAUUCUUAUCAAACCUUUUCACCCUUCCCAAUUUCUCAAAGGUCAAUAGUAAUUAAUUUUUCAUUCAUCUACAAUUUCAAUUGAAUUAUCAACCUUUUUAAGGUGUAUACCAUCUUCCUUCAUUGUCCUUCUUUGAUCAUAUAUUUUCCAAAUCCAUAUUCUCCAUUUUUUGGAUUGUUGUGUGGGUGAUAUGUCACAUUGACAUUAUAUAUAUAUUGUUGCAACAUUGAUCUUGUAAGGUGGAUUUUUCAUUGACAUGUACAUUUGCCCUCAAUAAAGGGCACCUCAUACAAGUCUUCACGGUAAAUGGCUACUUGAUCAUAGGAAAUAGAAGAGUGGGAGCUUCUGGGUUCCCAAGAAAAAUACAACUAUACUAACUUUCUUUUUUUUAUAAACCCUCUGAUUCUCAAGGGAAAGGAACCCUUGAUAAUCAGAAGUUCGGUCGGAAAAUAAGCAAAGUCUGACCAAAUAUUGUUGCAUAGUUAUUAAUUAUAUAUAACAACAAAUCAACUAAUAUGGGGUGCAUAUGCUCAAAAGACUCAAACAAAGACAAAGUUGAAGAAUAUGAGAAAGAAAUAGAGUUGAAUAAGUCUUCAGUGCAAUUAGUUGCUCCUACACAUUUGAAUGGAGGUGUAAAUGGCAUUAGCAUGAAUGAUUAUAAUUCAGUGCCUCGUUUGGAAAAAGCAACCUCACAAGUGUUUCAAAGAGGUGAAGAAAAAAACAUUCAGUUAGAUGUCACAAAAAGCCAACAUCAAAGAUGUAUGACAAUGAGUUCUGGUAUAGGUGAAAGAAAGCCACUAAUGAGUAGAAUACUUAGUGUGCAAAAUUUUGCUGCAGAACAUCACAUUGAUGCUGGAUGGCCAUUUUGGUUGUCUUCAGUUGCAGGAGAAGCUAUCAAAGGGUGGGUUCCUCGAAGGGCAGACUCUUUUGAAAAAUUACACCAAAUUGGACAAGGGGCAUAUAGUAGUGUGCAUAAAGCUCUUGAUCUUGAAACUGGUAAAUAUGUCGCUUUGAAGAAAGUUCGAUUUUCAAGCGGAGACGCGGAAAGUGUCCGUUUCAUGGCAAGGGAAAUUUAUAUUAUGCGUCAACUUGACCAUCCUAAUAUCCUCAAACUUGAAGGUCUUGUGACAUCUAGAACUUCCAGCAGUUUGUACCUUAUUUUUGAAUACAUGGAGCAUGACCUUGCAGGACUAGCAGCUAGACCUGGUGUUAAGUUCACUGAACCACAGAUUAAAUGUUACAUGAAACAACUACUUUGUGGGCUUGAACACUGUCAUAGUAAGGGUGUGUUGCACCGCGAUAUAAAGGGUUCUAACCUUCUAAUCGACAACAAUGGAAAUCUUAAGAUUGGAGAUUUUGGUCUUGCAACGGUUUAUGAACCUAAUAGCAAGUUGCCGUUGACAAGUCGCGUUGUGACUCUAUGGUACAGGGCACCUGAACUUUUGCUAGGUGCUACUGACUAUGGCGUCGCAAUUGACUUGUGGAGUGUUGGUUGCAUUAUAGCAGAAUUGUUGGUGGGUAAGCCUAUCAUGCCUGGAAGGACAGAGGUGGAACAAAUGCACAAGAUUUUUAAGCUUUGUGGUUCUCCAUCUGAAGACUAUUGGCAGAGAACAAAACUUCCGUAUGCAACAAGUUAUAAACCACAAAAUUCUUACAAAAGACAAGUCACAGAUACAUUUAAAAAUUUCCCUUCUUCUGCAUUGACACUUGUUGAUAAACUACUUUCAAUGGAACCUGCAGAACGAGGAUCUGCAACUUCUGCACUUAAGAGUGAGUUCUUCACUACAGAUCCUCUACCUUGUGAUCCUUCAAGUAUGCCAAAGUUUCCACCAAGCAAGGAGUUUGAUGUCAAGCGUCGAGAUAAAGAAUCGAUAAGAAAAAAUACUGAAGCUAUUCAAGGACGUGGGCCGGUAACUGUUUUAAGGGGAGCUGGAAAUACCAAAGCAUUGGAAACACCAGAGUAUAAUGCUCCAGGAGAUAUGUCUUUGCGGGGAAAGUCAAAUAUUAGAACGUCUCGUUUUAAAUAUGAAUUCCAAGAAGACGAUGAGACUAACCACAAGUGCGAACCUAGCAGAAUAUCUAUGCAUAAUGGCUAUACACAUUCUACAACAGGACCAUCCUCUUUGAGUAAGAGGCCAGAAUCAUCUUGGAAGAAUAUUCCAGAGUUAAGGACACAAAGGUCUAAUUUGAAUCAAGCAACAAUUGAUUCCGCUAACAUUUUUAUUAAAAAGGAACAAGAACAAGAACAAGGCAUGUCAGGCCAAGAAACUGGGAUGGGGUACAAGCCAAAGAAAAAUAGAAUUCAUUGUUCUGGACCAUUGAUGCCUCCAGGUGGCAAUAUUGAUGACAUGCUCAAAGAACAUGAACGUUUAAUGCAAGAUGUUUUUCGGAGUGUCAAGAAGGCUAAUCAAUAAGGAAAUUUUGAAGUGUUUUUCUGAUGCAGAACUCUCAUUUGGCAUGCAUUCUACUGCCCUUUAUAUAAAAGGGUGUUCAAUGUAAACUGAUUAAGCAAAAGAAACUCAAGAGUUUCAACUUAAAAGAAUCAGAUAUGUAUCAUAGAUGGUUAACAAUUAUUGAUGCAAAUGUAUAAUAUGAUCAUUGUUGGAGUUCUUUGUUGUUCACUUGUUUUGCUUACAGAAAAGUUACAAUAUAAAUUCUUUA